CGGACUAUCUCCUUCUCUUCCCUCUCCUGGGUUUUCGUACCUUGGACUUGGAAACUACCAACAACGAUGGCACCCAAGCAUAAACCGAACCAGACCCAGAUCCAAGCAGACUUGAAGGACGAACAAAUCCUACAGUCUGUCUUGUUGGCGGACCCGUUUGGCGCCCAACACUCAUGGGGACCCUUAUCACGGCAAGCAAAUGACGAGGAUGAAGAGGAGGAUGGUAAUCAUAAAACGGGUGAAGGAUUACCUUGGUGUCUCAUGCCGCUGCUGGGCACCCCCUUAUUAUCGUGGACGCUUGAUUCUUUGGCUCUAGGAGGCGUUCAGCAAGUCUUUUUGUUUAUCCGAGAUGGGACGGAUAUGGUUCGUUCGUAUCUAUCAACGACGUCGUAUCUCAACCCUGAUUCCUCCAUGGUUGUUAGUAUUAUUCCCACCACUUCAUUCACCCCGGGAGACGUCAUGCGGGAAGUGGAUUCAAGGGCACUCUUGAAAACUAAGACCGGGAGCGGUUCGGAUAUUGGCACCUUUGUCUUGGCAAGGUGUGGUUAUAUCGGAAAUCUGGAUCUGUCCAAGGCUGCUCAGAGAUUUACUUCCCGUCGCAAGGAGGACGGUGGAUUGCCUUGUCUCUCUGGGGUUAUGGAAUCGCGAACCAGCAGAAUGGCCUCAUCAAAUUCAACCGCCAUCCAUCUUCUCGACCCAUCUUCUCGCUUACUUUAUCUUCAUACCGACCGAAACAAAUUUCCACGUCCUAAACGGAUUCAAAUUCCGCCCGAAUUGUUCAAUGAACCCAAAGAUCUUUUGAUGAGGUCCGAUUUGGAGUCGGUGGGAAUCGACCUAUGCUCGGUAGAAGUACCUCAACUGUUCACCGAAAACUUCGACUAUCAACUCGUUCGUCCGGACUUUGUCCAUGGAAUCUUGACCAGCGACUUGCUUGGAAAAACUAUCCUGUGUGAGGUCGUCAAGGAAUCUGAAAACUUGGGCUCAGGUGUGAAAUGGGCAACUUUAGUUGGUGAUGUAAAAACCUACGAUCGAGCCGCGCGCGGUAUCAUAGCACGUCGGUCUCAACCUUUUGUUCUAGACCAAACUCGGUUGGAAGGUCACCCUGUCUUUUCACAGCGUCGAGGGAUGAUUUACAUUGGAAAAGAUGUUGAUCUUGCUCCAGAGUCUAAAAUUGGCAACUCAACUUGUCUGGCGCCAAGUUGUGCCAUCUCUCAUCGUGCUGAAAUCCGGCAGUCAUUCAUUGGAUCAUCUUCGAUAGUUGGAGAGCGAUCUCAGGUUGAAGACUCAUACAUCUUCGAUCAUGUUACGAUUGGCUCAAACACAAGAAUUAAAAACUCGAUUAUUGGUUCCAAUGUAACGAUCAAAGCAGACUGUGUCAUUGAAGAAGGAUGUUUGCUAGGAAAUGGGGUGAUCAUUGGAAACGGUACUGAGCUUAGAGGCGUCAACGUGGGUCUCUCGGGGCCUAAUGGAUCGUGUAAGCUCGAGGGACCAGGUUCGGUUGGAGUAGUGUGGCCGCGAAUCGAAGACUCGAUAGGUACAACCAAUAAUAACCCAAGCGAUGAUAGUGAUGAUGAAGAGGGUAACAUAGACAUAAGGAACUUAAAGUUUGCUCGCUUAGGUGCAACAUACCAGAACCAAGAUUUGGAUUCACCCAACUCGUCUACAACAUCCCUUUCAUCGAUCUCGUCCAAUGCAUCUUCUUCUCGAUCAGCCAACAUUCAGAAUAUAGAAUCAAUUGGAGAAGUUGGUUCGACGCAAGACUUCGUCGUCGAAUGUGUUCGCUCAUUAGAACGAGCAUUUGAGGAAGACCACACCGUCGAGAACGCAACGAUCGAGCUCAAAACUCUCAGGAUGGCCUCUAACGUACCUCAAUCCCAAGUUCGAAAAAUUGUCUUUGCCCGCGUCCUCACACUGGUCCAACACGAUCUACCUAAAUUGAAUAAAUGGAUCAAGUUGAUUAAAAACAUGAUGAAUACUGCCACUCAUGGUAACAAUCGGCGGUCGGAAGAAGAAGAGGAAGAGGAAAUCGGUGAAAUGGUAGAAAUCUUACUCGACUUACAAUCCUUCUGUUGCCUUGAAAAGAACUUUACUGCCCUUCAAUCUCAAGAGUCGAUCAAGUUUUUCUCCAAAUGCUUACAAGCAUUCUACAAUUUGGAAAUCAUCUCUGAAGAAUCGCUUCUUAAAUGGUUCAAAUCUCAGCAAUCGAAAUCUGUAACACCUCUCCAUUCUCUCUCUGAUAAUAACACUGCGGAUGAUCACCGAAAGAAUCAUUGUCUCAAGUUAAGGGAAGUCGGGGGGAAGUUGUUGCAAAUGUUGAUGGAGGCUGACUCUGAAUCAUCAGAAGAAGAUUGAUUAAUAAGCUGUACUUAUCAUGUUCUUUCCCUCUCAAGCGUGAUCCUCCUACAAACUUGGAAAUUGUUACUUGCGUUCUACUAUGAUUUUCUUGCCCCUUGAUCUAGCUUUCUUUUUUGAAUAUCCAUAUUUGCAUUAUAAUUUUGGUAAUCUGAAUAAAUAAGAGCUGGCA